GAGGGAGCCAGAAGUAUUAGGGUAUCACUUGAUGACAGAGGCAAAACCAAAGCUGUGGAAUUGGUCUCAGCCGUUUGUUUUUAAAUCACCUUGUUAGUUAAAGAGGCUACAGCCGUGGAAUUUGUCCCAGCCGUUAGUUUCUCAAUUCUCACACUAACACUUGUAAAGUUAAAACUCAAAAGCACAACUAGAUAAACCCUGGAACAGGUAUCAGUCAACCUUCCAAAUCUAAGAGAGAAACCUAUCAACACAACGCAGUGUUUAACUUAACUAACUCAUCAUCAUGGCCGGAACUCAAUUGCUCCCUGAAGAAUACGGAUACGUUGCUCUCGUUCUUGUCUUUUAUUGUUUUCUGAAUUUCUGGAUGACCUUCCAGGUCGGCAAAGCCCGCAAAAAAUAUAACGUUCCUUAUCCGACCCUGUAUGCUAUAGAAUCUGAAAACAAAGAGGCAAAGUUGUUUAACUGUGUUCAGAGAGGACAUCAGAACUCUUUGGAAUUUAUGCCUAUGUUCUUCAUGCUGAUGAUUUUGGGAGGAAUUAGUCAUCCUUGUAUAUGUGCUGCACUUGGCUUCCUUUAUAUUGUUACUCGUUUUUUCUAUUUCAAAGGUUAUGCAACCGGUGAUCCUCAAAAGCGCCUCACUAUUGGGAAAUAUGGAUUUCUUGCUAUAAUGGGGCUUAUGGUAUGCACAAUUUCGUUUGGGAUACAGCAGCUUCGCGGAUAAACCUCUGCACCUCUGCGGUUAUUAAUCUUUAAUAUCCCAUGACUUGCCAUCUCCAUAUAUAUCCUCUUUUUAUAAAUAUAUCUUUUGUUUUUAGGUGGCAAGGACUGCAGUUUUAUGUUCUACGUUAUACUAGAAUUAUAAAUCUGAAAGAUAGUUGAAUGAUAAGGUUUUCUAUAUACUGCCCUCUGUUCUGUAAUGGUAAAGAUUGACUAAUUUUGUGAAAAAUAAAUAUUGCCCUUGUGGAUUUUGCUUGUUA